CAUACUACAUUGUAUUGGUAUCAAACUAUCUUACCCAUGUCUACAUCAAACCUCACGACCAACAAGGUCGAUUCAUCGAAAUCGAGCAAAGCUCCAUUACCCAAAUCCAAUAUCGACACAACUCCAACAUCUUUAGUCGCCGAUCUACAAGAUGAUCAUCCAGGAACGAGGAAUGAGGAACUCUCAGCCUCCACCCCAGACUAUGAAGACGGAACAACAGCGAUGGAGAGCAACGACACAAACACAGUUCCGAAAGAUCCCCAGCCUUACCCCUCGUCUUCGACAAUCACUACUCCCGCAAUAAGUAAACAACUUGUAUUCACGAGUGCUUUCACACCAACUGGCGGAAACUCCCUUGUUCAAGCGCUCUUCAUUCGAAUCCGGGGAACAGAUUUCAAGGAGCGUGGUGACUUGUGCCACAUAAUUUGGGUGGGUAGUAUGAAAGUGCUGAUGCGGGGCCGAGGGCCGUCGGAGGGCCACCUGUCCAAAGCAGAAGGUUCCCGCUUGCAGCUGCGUGGCAGACGCAAACGGCGGAAAAUCUGUUCAAGGAUUGGCUAGAACGUCUAA